UUCCCCCUCCGUCACCUGACCGAGACCCAUGCACCACUCAUUGCUCCCGUUUUUUUCUAUUUUAUUUUUGUAUUCAUUUAUGGAUUUCCGGUAGAAAGACCUGCAGAUCCAGGGUUCUUACCUAAUAUCGACACCACGUUCUGCAAAAGUAACAACAUAAGGACUAUUGUGCAUAAUGCAAUACUGGGUAUCAAUGAUACAAGUACGGUAGCUGUAGAUCAAGUGCAGGCAGUGAUAGAGGCCGCCCUCCAGCCGACAUUCAAAUCUUACGGAGGCACAUGGCUUGUCAGCACCACUUCUUAUCACCGUGUCAAUGGAUUCGUAGACAACGGAGCAACUAGUUUGGACACAUUCUGUGCGAUAAAUGACAUAAUCAGACAUAUGUAUGUGAUAAUUAUGAAAAUCGAUAAAUAA